UGGAAGCUGACUUGCUGUUUAUUGAUGCUUCAGGUGAAGAAAUCUGUAAAAAGGCUGAGGGGAACAGUGAAAUGAAACAAUGAUAAACUCAACACAGGUUUCAUAUUUUAUUCUGAGCUUGUACUUUGAUACUAAGAUGUACAAAUACCUGAUCUUUGUGAUUGUUUUGUGUUUGUAUGUUCUGAUAGUUGGCUCUAAUGUUGUUCUGAUUGUGGUUAUCUGCAUUAACAGGACUUUACAUGAACCUAUGUACAUGUUUCUGUGCAUUUUGUUUGCAAACCAACUUUUAGGUAGUACCAGCUUCUUUCCAUUCCUGCUGAUCCAGAUURUGUCUGAUGAUCACAUUAUUUUACCUCCACUCUGUUUCCUGCAGAUUUACUGUGUUCACACUUAUCUUUCUGUAGAAUUCUUUAACUUAACCAUCAUGUCUUAUGACAGGUAUCUGGCCAUUUGUUAUCCUUUACAAUACAACACACUCAUGACUUUUAAGAAAGUUGUAGUUUUGAUUGUAACAGAGUGGUUAGUGUCAGUUUGUGGAGUUAAUAUUUACACAUCGAUGAGUUUCUCUCUGCAGCUGUGUGGAAACAUCAUUAACAGAGUUUACUGUAAUAAUUACUCUGUUGUUAAACUGGCCUGCUCUGACACCACAGCCAAUAAUGUUUAUGGACUUUUCAGCACCACAGUGGGGGUUGUUCUCCCAGUCCUUUUAAUUCUCUACACAUAUUUGAGGAUCUUCAAAGUGUGUUUCUCUGGAUCCAAACAGACCCGACAGAAAGCUGUCAGCACCUGCACGCCUCACCUGGCCUCUCUCAUCAACUUCUUCUUCGGGGUUUGUUUUGAUGUGUUACAGAGCAGGUUUGACACGACUAAUGUUCCACAUGUUAUCAGAAUAUUUUUAUCUGUGUACUAUCUGACGUGUCAGCCGCUCUUUAACCCUUUAAUCUACGGCCUGAAGUUGUCUAAAAUACGCAGCCUGUGGAAAAGACUGUUUUCUGUCAGCUGGAGAUGAAGUGAUCAGAUUUUAAUGUUGAAGGAUUUUCAGUGCUCGGGGGAA